ACCCAGCCGUGCCUAGGACGCGUCGGGCAUAUAAAAUGCUUGCCAAUACCAUACGCCAUCAGUCUGCAAAGACAUUCGCGACAACAUGGCUUUCAAAGGCACUCUCGUGUUUUUCGCAGCGCUACUUCUAGCAGUAACCGCUGCACCUACACCUACAGAUGUAGAACAGCUAGGUAUUGCAGGUCCUGAGAAGGGAGACCUGCAAGUUGCCGCUUCACAUUGGGGUGGACAUUGGGGCGGGUACGGCGGCCACUGGGGCGGCUGGGGAGGAUACUAUCCAUACUACGGAGGAUACUGGUCGUAUCCACUCUACGGCCAUGGAUAUGGAUACGGCUGGCCAUAUGGAUAUUACGGACAUCAUGGAUAUUGGUGGAAGUGAGAUAUAAUUUUGUAGUAGUAAGAAACUAUGCCAGUAUUUCUUUUAAGAAUUAACAAAGGGAUAAUUAUGAUGU